AAAUACCUCUCUCACCACACACACUCUCUCUCUCUCUCUCUCUGUUUGUCUGUCUGAUGAUACAUGUAUGCUGUGUGUCUAUGGCUCUCCAUUCCAGUCUAAUAAGGAUCCAUUGACGCCCUGGUGACGAUCGAAACCUACAAAGCAACCAAACCCGCUUCGAUUCGAAACCCUGGUUUAGUCCCUGCUCCAUCUUCAUCUCUCGUCUUCUACGUCCUUGCACAAUCAUAAGAAUCAGAUUCGUAGAGAAGAAAGAAGCAGCCCCUCUCGCCCCCCUCUUCCCCUCUUGCCGCCGCCACCUUACCUCUCGCCGCCGAUUGCCAUUGCCUUAGGUUUGAACAGUGAUUCUGCUGUUGACUUUUUCUACGAUAGAACUCUCUGUUUACAGAAUUACUUGUUGGUUUCUUUCUUUCACUCUCAUUGUUCAAAGGGGCACAUAUAUCGCUUAUAAGGAUGUCUGUAACAGCAGGUGUUAGUGAUACUGUUAUUGCCAUUAGGGAUAAACUUAGAGGAAAAAUUGGCCAAACAAAAGUCAAAAGGUAUUGGCCUGGUAAAGCUCCUGAAUGGGCUGAUGAUGUCGAUGAAGAUGGGGAUAUUAGAAUGACUAGGGUAGUUGCCCUGGAGAAAGCUUUCCCUAGUCAGGAAGAUUCUGGCAUUGUGAGGCGGGAUGAUCCUAGGCUGCGUCGUCUGGCUGAGAGCAGGAUAGAUAAUCGCGAAGAAAUUAGAGCUGACCAUAGGCGCAUUCGACAAGCUGAGAUUGUUUCGACAAUAGAAGAGGAAACCAAAAGACAAGAAGGAUUAGAUUUAGAGGAAGAGGAUGAAAAUGCUUUGGAGGAAAGGAGGAGGAGACUUAGGGAGAAGUUGCUUCAGAGGCAGCAGGAAGAAGCUGCCCUUCUUCCGGACGAAGAAGAGGAUGAAGUAGAGGAUGAGGAGGACGAGGAGUCUGAAUACGAGACUGAUUCAGAGGAUGAAUUAACGGGUCCAGCAUUGGUGAAGCCUGUCUUUGUUCCAAAAUCAGAAAGAGACACCAUAGCUGAGCGUGAGAGGCUUGAGGCAGAAGAACAAGCUCUUGAGGAAUUAGUUAAGAAGCGAUUAGAAGAAAGAAGGGUGGAGACGAAGCAAAUAGUGGUUGAGGAGAUUCGGAAGGAUGAAGAAAUUCAGAAGAAUUUGGAUUUGGAGGCUAAUGCUGCCGAUGUAGAUACUGAUGAUGAAGUCAAUGAGGCAGAGGAAUAUGAGGCAUGGAAGGCCAGAGAGAUUGCAAGGAUCAAGAGGGAUAGGGAGGCCCGAGAGGCAAUGUUGAAGGAGAAGGAAGAGAUUGAAAAGGUGAGGAACAUGACCGAGGAAGAGAGGAGGGAGUGGGAGAGGAAGAAUCCGAAACCUGCACCCCAGUCCAAGCAGAAGUGGAGGUUCAUGCAGAAAUACUACCACAAGGGUGCUUUCUUUCAGUCAGAUGCGGAUGACCAUGCUGCAACUGCCAGGUCAGAUGAUAUAUACAGCCGUGAUUUCUCUGCUCCAACUGGAGAAGAUAAGAUGGACAAGACCAUACUACCUAAAGUCAUGCAGGUCAAACACUUUGGUCGUAGUGGGAGGACGAAAUGGACCCAUCUUGUUGGCGAGGAUACAACUGAUUGGAACAAUCCGUGGACAUACAAUGAUCCUCUUCGGGCAAAGUACAAUGCAAAAAUGGCCGGAAUGAAUGCACCUAUAGCAAAACCCAAAGGAAGCAAGAAGCUUAAGGAUUGGGAGUCUCGGUGAAGCGGAAAUGUUUCUUGGGAGUCCGUAACUUCUUUCUCUAUGUUGUUUUUAAUUGGAUUCGCAUUGCAACCUCUAUAGGCUUUUACUUUGUUAGUGCUAUUAAUGUGUGAAAGUACUAUUUUUGUCAUUAAUGUAGAACUUGUGUUACUAUCA